AUGAAUGAGUGUUCAAACGGAAGACUGGUAUCGUUUCUGAUCGAAGGCGAUGACGUCGUCUCGUGCGAAGUCUGCCUAGAGCCCUUCCAGCCGCUCACCCGGCCACCCAAGAUUCUCCCUUGCGGUCAUAAUUUUUGCGAUCAGUGCCUAUUCAGUCUCUGUUGUCACCAACAGUACUAUUUACUCGACUCAAUCAAGUGCCCAACAUGUCGCACAUCAUUCCCCACCAACGUAGCUAUCGAAGCUCCUACCAACUGGGAUCUUUGCAAGAUCCUCGAAAACGUUCAAAAAGGAAGAGAGAUGAAUGUAACGGUGAUCCAUGUGCCGGACAUGCCUCGUGUACCACCAGAAGCUUCUCCUCACUCAUUGAAGAGAAAAGGAAUUCUCACAAGAACGACAUCGAGAACGCAAAAGGAGAAAUGUAGUGACUGCCAUCGUAAACUCUCCGCUAAGAUCAUUGGUAAAGCAGCGAGGUACUGCUAUGAGUGCAAUCAAAAGGAAAAGAUCACUUUCACCUGCCUUGAGUGUUGUGUCAAUAAGCACAAUGGCCACACCCUUCUCUCACUGUCGCAACUUCAAGCUGAACAGCUAAAAGUACUGGGAGAGUUGAGAGAACUCCGUAGAAGAAUUGUCGAUGCCUUUUCAUCUGGUCAUUCGUUCCCUGAGGAAUGGUCCAGUAAAGGCGACAAGGGUCUCUCCAGCUCCACCUCAAAACAGACUUCGCUAACCAACGAUGCAAGACUUGCCAAACUCGACCACACUAUAGAAGUGAUCGAGUCCUCCGCGGUGAUCUGCCCAAAGAAACUUAGGUAUGUGGAUUUUACUUAUGAAAAUAUCAAGAAAAUACCAGAAAAGGGUAACAAUUGCAGCGAACUUCGAAAUGAGCAAAUCCAUCAGUGCUCAAGACUCUUCACGACAACGUCAGUGCAUCAGAAUGCUUCACCAAGUAUUCUAGAAAAAUCUGGAGUGUCGUCCUGCUCCCAACAGCCUCGUUCACUUCCACGCUCGACGAGUUUUCACAGCUUCAGCUGCCUCGACCUUCUCGUCCCACUGCUCCCGCGUACAGCGCUAAGCAGAGAUCUUUCGGUCCUCAUUCAGGACAUCUCACCAAAGCAUCCUGUCGAGCAACGUUGUGAAGCCUUCAUCAAGGCUGCUUCUAUUCUCAUGAACAUACUUUACGAUGAUGUUCCUGUCGAACAACUCCCUCUCAUCGCAGACGCUCUCCUACAAUGUUUCUGCCAAGCGAAUUCUCUAUCGAGGAAGAAACCGCAGUUCGCGAAAUCACAUCCCGUUUCGAGAAAGGUGAUCUGGAAGGCCAUUCAGUGUGCAUAUACGGAGUUGAUGAGGCACGCAUCAAAGACUUUUCUUUCGUACGAACCGGAGCGAAUCGCAAUACUGGACGAUUUGGCCUACCUGUGCAACAUAUACGCGGAUGUUUGCGACCAGACUUUUCUUUCGUACGAACCGGAGCGAAUCGCAAUACUGGACGAUUUGGCCUACCUGUGCAACAUAUACGCGGAUGUUUGCGACCAGGCCACUGUGACCAUCUGCAUGAUUGAGGCAGCCAGAGCAAGGAUGGCUGAGGAGAAGCUGCCCGAGCAAGAUAGGAAAAAGACUGCUCAGCGUCUCAAGGAAAUCGACGAUCACCUUCUGGAAUGCCGUCGACUGCAGAAACUUCAAGACCUUCGCACAACAAAGACGAAAAAGCCUAAGAAGCUGAAAUGGCUCUGGAGGAUUCUUUUUCGACGUUCGAAGAAGCAAACGUAA